UCAGGCAGACAAGGAGGCUUAAGGGGGCAUCCCUGGUAGAGAGGGGGACCCUACGGAUGGGUUAUUGGCUCUGCACAUCCAGAGGAAUGCCCCGGGACACGGGCAGGAGGAGAUGCCCCUGCACACUCAUACUCAUGGCUCUGCUGCUGGACCUGGGCAGACACUCAGCUGAAGGAACCGACCUGACAGUCGCUGCAGAUUUAAGGCCUACCUCAGCGGGGAGCGUUUCACGUGAUCCAGAAAUUUACUUAACCCUCGACGAACCGAUGAAUAAUAUAACUACGUCCUUGGGACAGACAGCGGAAAUGCACUGCAGGGUUUCAGGGAACCCUUCACCCACCAUUCGAUGGCUAAAGAACGAUGCCCCGGUAGUCCAAGAACCCAGGAGAAUAUCCUUCCGGCCGACCAGCUACGGUUCUAGACUGCGGAUAAGGAACCUUGACACCACGGACACCGGAUAUUUCCAAUGUGUGGCAACCAAUGGCCGGAAAACCGUUUCCACCACCGGGGUUCUGUUUGUGAAGUUUGGGCCCCCGCCUACCGCAAGUCCUGGUUCAGUAGAUGAGUUUGAGGAGGACGGGUACUGCCAGCCGUACAGAGGAAUCGCCUGCGCAAGAUUCAUCGGGAACCGGACGAUUUACAUGGAGUCUCUACAUAUGCAAGGAGAGAUUGAAAAUCAAAUCACAGCCGCCUUCACCAUGAUCGGCACGUCCAAUCAUCUCUCCGAUAAGUGCUCGCAAUUCGCCAUCCCUUCCUUAUGUCACUACGCCUUCCCGUACUGCGACGAAGCUUCAGCUUCCCCGAAGCCCCGGGACCUUUGCCGAGACGAGUGUGAGAUCCUGGAGAACGUCCUGUGCCAGGCCGAGUACAUCUUCGCCCGAUCCAAUCCCAUGAUUCUAAUGAGAUUGAAGUUGCCCAAUUGUGAGGAUCUCCCGCAGCCGGACAGCCCCGAGGCGAGCGGCUGCAUACGCAUCGGGAUUCCGAUGGCAGAACCCAUCAAUAAGAACCACAAGUGUUAUAACGGCACCGGGGUGGAAUAUCGCGGCACGGCGAGCGCCACCAGAUCGGGGCGCCAGUGCCAGCCUUGGAAUUCCCAGUAUCCGCACAUUCACUCGUACAACGCCUUCCGCUACCCGGAGCUCAACGGGGGGCAUUCCUACUGCAGGAACCCCGGGAACCAGAGGGAGGCGCCGUGGUGCUUCACGCUGGAUGAAAACGUCAAGCAUGAGCUCUGCGACAUCCCCGCCUGCGACUCAAAAGAUUCUAAAGAAAAAAACAAAAUGGAGAUCUUGUACAUUCUCAUUCCCAGCGUGGCCAUCCCCCUGGCCAUCGCCCUCUUGUUCUUCUUCAUUUGUAUCUGCCGAAAUAACCAGAAGGCCUCCUCGCCGCAGCUGCAGAGACAGCCGAAGCACGUCCGGGGACAGAACGUGGAGAUGUCCAUGCUAAACGCCUACAAGCCGAAGAGCAAAGUGAAGGAGCUGCCCCUGUCCGCGGUGAGGUUCAUGGAGGAACUGGGCGAAUGCUCGUUUGGAAAGAUAUACAAAGGACAUCUGUACCUUCCCGGGAUGGACCACGCUCAACUCGUCGCCAUCAAGACGCUAAAGGACUACAACAACCCACAGCAGUGGUCGGAGUUUCAACAAGAGUCUUCGCUAUUGGCUGAACUGCAUCAUCCGAACAUCGUCGGCCUCCUUGGAGUAGUCACCCAAGAGCAACCGGUUUGUCUGCUCUUCGAAUUCCUGAAUCAUGGGGACCUCCAUGAGUUCCUCAUCAUGAGGUCUCCUCACUCCGACGUCGGCUGCAGCAGUGACGAGGACGGCACGGUGAAAUCGAGUCUGGAUCACGGCGACUUCUUGCACAUCGCCAUCCAGAUCGCAGCAGGGAUGGAAUAUUUAUCGAGCCAUUUUUUUGUCCAUAAAGACCUGGCAGCCCGGAAUAUACUGGUUGGGGAGCAGCUACACGUUAAGAUCUCAGACCUCGGACUUUCAAGGGAUAUCUACUCAGCCGAUUACUACAGAGUCCAAAAUAAUUCUCUUCUCCCCAUUCGCUGGAUGCCUCCAGAGGCCAUCAUGUAUGGGAAAUUUUCCACCGAUUCAGACAUAUGGUCUUUUGGGGUGGUGCUUUGGGAAAUAUUCAGCUUCGGGCUUCAGCCGUAUUACGGAUUCAGCAACCAGGAGGUCAUAGAGAUGGUUCGGAAAAGGCAGCUGCUCCCGUGUUCUGAAGAUUGCCCCCAGCGGAUGUACAGUUUAAUGACCGAGUGCUGGCAAGAAAUACCGUCUCGGAGACCCAGAUUCAAAGAUGUCCAUGCGAGGCUGAGAACGUGGGAAGGACUUUCAAGCCAUACGAGUUCCACCACUCCUUCUGGUGGCAAUGCCACCACUCAGACAACGUCGCUGAGUGCCAGCCCGGUUAGCAACUUGAGUAAUCAAAGAUACCCCAACUUUCUGUACCCAGCGCAAGCAAUGCCUCAGGCGCAGAUAGCUGGCUUCAUUGGGGGUCCAAUACCUCAGAAUCAGAGAUUCAUACCAAUCAAUGGCUACCCAAUCCCACCAGGAUACGCCGCUUUCCCGACGGCUCAUUAUCAACCACAAGGUCCGCCGAGGGUAAUCCAGCACUGCCCGCCUCCGAAAAGCCGUUCCCCCAGCAGCGCAAGCGGUUCGACCAGCACCGGCCACGUGACCAGUUUACCCUCUUCGGGGUCCAACCAGGAUGCGAAUAUCCCGCUAUUAUCUCAUAUGUCUAUUCAGAGCCAUCCGAGCAGCAUAGGGGUGCAGUCUUUCGGCAGCAAGGCCAACAAAUUAUACAAAAUGGACAUUAAACAAACAUCUUUACUGGAAGACUCCGACAUCAACGGGCACAACGAGUCGAUCAUUUCCGCGGACUUGUAAAUUACGGACGCUCUCGAUAAAUAUUAUUACGCAGUGAAACAGAACAAAGACGUUAAAGUUCUUUUUAUAUGAUAUAUUUUUAUUGAACGUAGGUCAUUCCAGGUGGUUAUCGGACUUUUCCCAACGCAUUUCUUCUGUGAAGUUAGAAUCUAUAGAGGUGGACGGGGAGCCCGAUCUCAAUGUGGCGACAAAAGUAUCCGUUUCGGGUUAUAUGUCGGCAGAUUUCCGCAAAA